AUGAGCAACAUUUCAAGGUGGCUAUGCAAGAACAGCACCAAAAACAUGUUCGUGAAGAUCGUGCAUCCCGGCGGGCACGUGGAGCUCCACGACCGCCCGAUCCUGGCGUCAGAGGUGCUCGACCGCAACCCCAAAUGCUGCGUCGCCCACCCCACCGUGUUCCAGCAGCCCCACGAGGUCGUCUCCCCGGAGACCACCCUCCUCCUCGGCCGGAAGUACUAUGUGGUGCCACUCGGAACGAUCAGGAAGCUCCGCCUCAAGCACCGACGCAAAGGAGCCCCUGAUCCCCCACCAAUAAGCAACGACAACCGUGAUUGUGAUCAUGAAGCGGGGAGUGUGUGUUGGUUGUUUAGGAAUAUAGGGAAGAAGGAUGAGGUGAGAGAAAAGAGAGAUGGUGGUGCUGUGAGUGAGAGUUCAAGUGAUGGAAAUGGAAAUGGAGGCUCUCCUGUAACAGGAAGAAUAUCUCUUAUGUCUAUUGAUAAUUGGCACCCUGGUUUGCAUAGUAUUUGUGAAGACUAUUGA